AUGAGUGAUUUACCAUUCAUUAUCGGAGGUCUAGCGUUUGCUUCAAUUCCUGCUAUAUGCCUCCUAUUAUACGAAGAAAGACAGAGAAAUAAAUUGCGACAAAACAGGCCAGGAUUGAAUAAUGAACUGUGAGUUCUCUAUGAAAUUUCACUCCCGUUUCUGCAAGCACGCGUGGACAAGUGGCUAGCGUACGCGCCUCACAAUCAGGCACCUUUUGCACCUCGGGUUCGAUGCCGGGUGCGAGCAGGAUUUUUUUUUGUGAAUGUGAAUAUUUUUCAGUAGUUCGGCAAUUCAAGAUGUUGAAGCGGAGAGAACUCAAUUUAUGAUAGCUCAUGAUAACACAGAUGCUGAAAUUUUUGAGAUUCGAAUUAUACAACAUGUUAUGUGGUGGCUUCGUCUGAAUGAAGGUGAAAUUGCGUAUAUAACGGUAGGGAAAAUGGGAAAAUGCGCUCUACAGUCAAAAAGAUUUUCAGAGUGUUAAUGGAAAUGAAACUGUCGCCAGAGUGAAAUUGGAUAAAAAUUGGAUAAACAGAAGAGUUAAAAUAAGUUCUACAUUUUUAAAUAAUUUGGAAUAUAAAACUGGAGAAGUUGUGGAGUUGAGAAAAGCUGAACUGAAAAAUGCGGAACGAGUUUAUUUUUGUCAAAUUGAUGGACAAAAGUUUGGCGAAAUCUAUAGGUAAGUUUUUAUUUGAAGAGAGAGGAAAGGAGCAUUGAAAAAAUUAGAAAUUGAUUUUUAAUGGAAAUUUUGAAACAGUUGAUUUUUUUCUUGAAAAAAAAAUUUUACAGAAGAAUGAUCGAUUCAUCUUUGUCUCUAUUUUUCGAAAAUCAUCCGAUUCAUCAAGGCGACACAUUUUCAGUGCCAAUUCUUCUGAGUCCUCCAAUCAUUGUUCGUUUUCAAAUUCGAGACAUUCAACCCUCGCCGGCUAGUAUUUUCACAACAGAAACUGUUGUUUUACAUUGGGAAGAAGAUGUGAAUGAAAUUGAGGCUGAGUGA